UCAACAGUUCCCAUUUUGUGCACAUAGGAAGCUUAGCGUGUAGUCAAGGCUUAAGUCUUCCCAAUCAGAGACCAGAGAUAGCUAGCUCUCUUACUUGUCUUCACUCUUUCUCACUACUUCUGCUGAAUCAGAUAUCUAUGGCCUCUCUUGUUGCAUUCAUGGGCCGGAAGCUGGAAAUAGAGAUCAUCCGUCUCCUCAAGAAGAAGAGGAUUGAUCCUGAAUUUUCUGCACCUGACGAGAUUAAUGAACUUGAUAUCUUCAAGCUCGAUCCCUCUGAGUUGCCCCGACUUUCAAAAAUUAACUCCGAUGAACAAGCAUGGCCCUUUUUCUCUGAACCAUAUAAGAACGUAAAGGGUAAACAAGCCCACCUAACAAAUGGAAACUGGGAAAAAACAGGUAACGAUCGUGAAGUCAGGGAUAAAAGUACUGGCAAGCGGAUCGGUGGCAAAAAGAAUUAUGUUUACUAUAAACGUGGUGGUUCUCCUAAGCAGAAGAUCAAGACUGACUGGGUUAUGCACGAGUACUAUGUUGAUGAUGACGACCCUCGUUAUAAGAAGGAUUUUGUUUUCCGCUACGUAGAAAAAAAUCCAACGGGCAAGCCUAAUACUUCAACUCCCGAUGAUGGUCAACCGAGUCACCGUUUGGCUUCUGAUGCUGAAACCUAUGCAGAAAAAACUUCUACAGAGGUAGAAUCUCAGCAACCGUCGACUCACUGUUUGGGCAAUGAGUUCUUGGAAGUAGAAUCUGAGUUACAAUCAAAUCACAGUUUGGUUUCUGAUACAGGAAAUUAUUUUGCUACAAAUACUUCUACCCUGGAAGAACCUCGACUACUAUCAAAUCAAAAUUUGGGCUUUGAUACGAGAAAUUAUGAAUUUGCAGAUAAUACUUCUUCAAUGGAAGUAGAACCAGGGCUACUAUCAAAUCACAAUUUGUUUCAUGAUCCUUUUGCACCAAUUACAUCUUCAAUGGUACAACCUCAACUACUAUCAAAUCGCGAUAUGGAAUUUGAUCUCAGAAAUCAUUUUGUGCCAAAUACUUCAAUGCUACUACCACAUCAAAAUUUGGAUUCUUUAAUGGUGGGACCUCAAUUACCAUCAAAUCACAAUAUGGUUUUUGAUCUAAUGAAUCAUUCUACACCAUGUACUUCUUCAAUGCAGGUGGGACCUCAACUACUAUCAAAUCAAAAUAUGGCUUUUGAUCCAAUAAAUCAUUUUGCAUCAAUUACCUCUUCAAUGCAGGUAGAAUCUCAACUACUAUCAAAUCAGAAUUUGGUUUUUGAUCCAAUGAAUAAUUCUACACCAUGUACUUCUUCAAUGUUGGGACCUCAACUACUAUCAAAUCAAAAUAUGGUUUUUGAUCCAAUAAAUCAUUAUGCAUCAAUUACCUCUUCAAUGCAGGUAGAAUCUCAACUACUAUCAAAUCAGAAUUUGGUUUUUGACCCAAUGAAUAAUUUUGCACCAUGUACUUCUUCAAUGGUACAACCUCAACUACUAUCAAAUCACAAUAUGGAACUUGAUCCAAGAAAUCAUUUUGCACCAAUUACUUCUUCAAUGGUACAACCUCAACUACUAUCAAAUCAGAAUUUGGUUUCUGAUUAUUCAAGAAAUCAUUUUGUGCCAAAUGCUUCUUCCAUGGUAGCACAUGAUCAGCUACUAUCAAAUCACAAUUUCUUUUCUGAUCCAAGAAAUCAUUUUGCGCCAAAUACUUGUUUAAUGGUACAUCCUCAACAAGUUGCAGAAUUAUUUGCGCAAUUCACUGCACUAUUUGGGCGUUAUUUGCUGAAUCAUAGCUCAGUGUCCACACCACCGUGGCCAACUAAUCCACAACAAGGAUCCUAUUCCUCCUUGUACUCAAACGGCGCCUUUGGUAAUAACUGUACUUCGUCGAGCUCUCAGUUUCAUGGAGGGCUUGAAGAUGCCCGGAUUGCACAAAGGAAUUUCCAGGAUAAACAUCCUGAAGAAGUAACUGGGCAAGACUCUUCCUACUGAUAUAGAUGCUGAUAACACCAAGGCUUUCAUGGAUGAGCAGUCUGCGGACAUUCCUCUUGAUCUCAAUUAUAUUAUUAUUAUUAUCGACAUUUGAAGAAUGGUUAACUCAGUGUUGUGUAAUCGUUUGAGAAUAAUGGCUCCUAUGUUUUGGGCCUUGUUGUUUAAAAAUAUAACUGUGUUUGUUUUAAUUUUUUUUUUUUUACUAUCCUAUCCUAUCUAAUGAAAUUAUUACUUUUUUAUUCAA